GGGACUCUCAAACCAAAACGCUGUCAGACCCGGGCUUCGUUUUUGUUAUUUUGCCAUAUCAGUGGUAUCGUAUUCAAUAAUUUUGUGCGGGAGUCUCAGCAUGAAUGGACAAUAGUACACGCGUGUGUACCCUCAGAUCUCAGACUAUUUCUCAUCGGGCUUCGGGUGCAAGUUCGGACACACAACUUUCUUGGCUAGGUCUUUCGCUACCGGAUCAACAUAUGUGAAUGUUAUAGGGUUGGCGCUUUUCUACAAAAUCACCGCCCGUGCACACUUUUCCAGGGUCACUGUACUCUUAGCAGUAACCAUUCCAUCCUGGAUGGCCUGGUUUCAAAUAUUUCAAGAUGGUCCCGAGUACGAAGCCAGGAGAAACAAGCCUUCCUUCGCACCUCCUAAUUUGACCCUCAAGGAUGUGCAUGAUGCUGUUCCUAAACAUCUUUUCCAAAAGAACACGCCAAAGAGUCUUUUCUAUGUUUUUCGUCACCUCGUUUUCACUUACGCUUUCUUUUUACUCGCUACACGUAUCGACGACCUUCUAUGGCUAGCUGGUUCACGCCUAGGUAUCAAAUCUGCUGGGCAGAUAAUUAUUCGCAUUUUGUGUUGGUCAUCGUACUGGUUCUGGCAGAGUAUAGCGUUUACUGGUAUAUGGUGUCUGGGACACGAGGCAGGCCACGAGGCUCUAUCAUCCAAGCCGCUCAUAAACACUGUGAUUGGUCUACUCCUGCAUACGUCCAUACUAGUCCCAUAUUAUGCCUGGCGGGCGACCCAUCGCACUCAUCAUAAAUCCACCAACCACCUAGAACGCGAUGAGACGCACAUCCCUCCUACACGACAUGACUUCAAGCUUCCUGAUGGCAAAAUUGCAGUGGCUAUGGACUACAAAGAACUUCUGGAAG